GGUGGAGAACCACACUUCAAUUUGUCUUCUUCUACGGCGAGUGACUGUUAAUCAAAUGAAUGAAGCAAGCGCAACAUGCUAAUUAAGUGGGAGUAGCUUUGUUUGAAGGGUUAUCGGUGUGUACCUGCAUCGGCACUGAGGAAUAAGCUUUCUGUAGGCUACUGUACGCCAGCUCCGCUUCAACCUGCUUUCCUCCAACAACAGCAGCAAUGGACCGCGAUCCAGUUGUCAUCGUCUCGGCUGUCAGAACCCCGAUAGGGGCGUUUAACGGUGUCUUCUCCACACUGCCGCUGCAUGAGUUGACGUCUGUGGUCAUCAAGGAGGUCCUGCAGAGGGGCGGAGUCAUGCCGGAACAGGUGUCAGAGGUCAUCAUGGGACAUGUACUCACCGCAGGUCAUGGUCAGAAUCCGGCGAGGGCAGCAGCGGUGUUGGCGGGGGUUCCGUACUCGGUGCCGGCGUGGGGUUGCCAGAUGGUGUGCGGCUCGGGGCUCAAGGCCGUCUGCCUGGGGGCCAACGCCAUCGCCACCGGAGACUCCAGCGUGGUGGUGGCAGGGGGCAUGGAGAGCAUGAGCAGGGCGCCCCAUACAGUGCAGAUGCGUGCAGGGGUGAAGAUGGGGGACACACCACUACAGGACUCCAUCAUCGCAGACGGCCUCACAGACGCCUUCCACCAUUACCACAUGGGCAUCACAGCGGAGAACGUGGCUCAGCAGUGGGCGGUGUCGAGGGCGGAGCAAGACCAGUUUGCCGUGUCGUCACAGCAACGCACGGAGGCGGCUCAGAAGGCCGGACACUUCUCACAAGAGAUCGUCCCAGUCACUGUGCCAUCACGCAAAGGUCCAGUGUGUGUGAGUGAGGAUGAGUUUCCGCGUCACGGCAGCAACAUGGAGGCCAUGUCCAAGCUCCGCCCCUGCUUCCUGAAGGACGCCUCAGGCACUGUAACCGCUGGCAACGCCUCAGGCAUCAAUGACGGGGCGGCCGCCACUCUGCUGAUGAGCCAAUCCGAGGCCCAGAGGCGGGGCUUAAAGCCCAUGGCGCGAAUCAUCUCAUGGGCACAGGUCGGCCUGGACCCGUCAAUCAUGGGCACUGGACCAAUCCCGGCCAUCAAGAAAGCGGUGGAGAAGGCAGGCUGGGCUCUAGAGGAGGUGGAUCUCUUUGAGAUUAACGAGGCUUUCGCUGCCCAGUCGCUAGCAGUAGUCAAGGAGCUCGGACUCAACCCUGACAAGGUGAACAUUAAUGGGGGUGCGAUCUCCCUGGGCCACCCCCUCGGCAUGUCGGGGUGUCGUGUGCUGGUGACGUUACUGCACGCGCUCAAUAGGACUGGUGGGAAAAGGGGCGUGGCCUCCCUGUGCAUCGGAGGAGGAAUGGGCAUCGCCAUGUGUGUGGAGACUAUGUGAUGGGACACACACACACACACACACACACACACACACACACGGGAGAGCAAUGAGCAUUGCUGUGUGCGGACAUGCUGUGACACACACACACAUACACAUUCUUUCUCUCUCUCUCACACACACACACACACACACACACACACACACACACACACACACACACACACACACACACACACACACACACAUUCUCUCUCUCUCUCUCUCUCUCUCACACACACACACACACACACACACCUCUAUGACCAGACACACACACACACCCAACUGAUUCCAGGUGUCUGCUGUUUCCCUCUGCUCUGUCCUGAUGCAUGUUAAACUGCUGCCUUCAAAUGACUAACGACUCUUCAAAUGUCUCAUGGUUCUUUAAAUAACUUAUAAUUCUUUUGACUCACAAUUCUUUAAACGGCUCUUCUUGAAUCACUAUACAGCGCGAGACUCAUACAUCUUAUCACCACUCUUUUGGCUCCCCCAUGACUGACUCGUAUGCCUCUUGAGGCACUUUGAUGAUUUUGCAAACAAUUCUUUCUUUUUAAUGAGUAUUCUCACCAAUGACUCACUUGACUCACUUGAUGACUCUAGACUCAGAUAACCCAAACCAACUCAUCACUCUUGUUGUCAUAAUGAGUUCUUCUAAUGUUAGUUGAUGAUGGUUUUCAAAUCAGAUAUAUGAUUAGUUCAUGAGUGUCAUUGUGAGUCUUAUGAGUGAUUGUGAGUCCCCCGAGUCUGUUCCCGAUCUUUGACUGUGCUACUGAUGGUACGACUAAUUAUGUCGUAACAUAAACAUAACAUGUCUGACUCUCAUAUGAUUUUUUUUUUUUAAUUAUAUAUUUAUUCAGAUUUUUUGCAUAUAACAAAACAAUACAGAAAGGGAAAAAGCAAUAUACACACACAGAACAAAACAAAACAAAAAACAACACAAACAGGGCUGGGUGAGUUGUAGACUCUCAUAUGAUUUUAUACAGUUAUUGUUUUCUGCUUUUCCGUCAUUUGUCUAACAUACGAGUACAUGUAGAGUAUUUCCAUAGAUUCUGUCUCCAAUGGUAAAUCACGUCGCUAACUAUGAAGCUUCUGUCAUAUGUGGUUCAUAUGUUCAUAUGGACUAUUUCUGACUGCCCUAAUAUGAUGCUUCUCUAUGACUAUGUAUUUAGACUCGUGGAUGAGUUGUAACUUGGCGUGCGUGCGUGCGUGUGUGCGUGUGCGUGAUGUGUGUGUGUGACCUCCUGAAGCCUUAGACUAGAGGAAUAUGCUCAUAUGUACUACUACUCCCUAUACUGAUGGAUACUAGAUUGAUCCCUCUCCAUCCAUAUAGGUAGAUAGAUACAGUACUGUACCUCAUUAAACAGACAGGGAGAUAUCUAUAGAUAGACCGAUGAAAAGAGGGACAUGGAUGGAUAUAAAGAUAGUGUGUAAUCAGAUAGAUGAGUGCAUGGAUCAUAUUUCACCACCUAGAGAUGGAUGAGUAGAAACAUACUGUAGAAUGAUGGAUAGAUAUAUAGAUAGGCCUCAUUCUUCACACAUUCCACACUGUUUCACACAUACUGUCCUCUGUCCUGCCUCCUGUCUCAAGUAUCCCAUCUUCUGUGUACUGUUUUAUUCAUAAUGUCUUCUGUGUACUACAGUAUCUUAUGCAUACUAUCUCUUCUGUAUAGUAUUCUGUAUACUACAUGUUCUGUAUACUCUGUCUCAUGCAUACUGUCUCCAGCAUAAUGUAUGUAAUGUAUGCAUACUGCACUCUUGUCCACCUGCUUGCACAUGCUACUGUACUACAGUGAUGACCUGUUUCCCCUCUCUUGACUUUCCUCUGUAUGUCCUGUCUCUAUCCUCUGAUGUGUCUCCCGGUUGUGACCUGUGAUGCCAUGUUGUGUUGUGGGAAGAGAGACAGGUAUGGCAGCAGGCAGAGAUAUUAUUAUGUAAGAUGAAAGAUAUGGGAUGCAAGACAGACUGGCAGAGCCGGCCGGACAAACACUAAUAAUUACAUGACAUAACCCAUUCAGAUAGAGGAAAAGGGAGUCUGUUGUGGACUUCUAUUAUGCAUACUUAAUAUAAUCAUGCAUACUUGAUAUCAUCAUGCAUACCUGAUAUCAUGCUUAAUAUCAUCAUGCAUACUGAAUAUCAUACAUGUAUUACCAAACUGACCCUGAGUGUGUGCUAGAUGUGCGAGAGUAGUGUUGCUAUGGUUGUGUUGCUGUGUGCUGUAACCGUAACCUCAAACUGUGCCAUGAAGGCAAUACAAGCCAGUAAUAGGUUCUUCCUGUAGAUAAGUAGAAUGUCUAGAGUUUAAAUGGAGUAUAACGAUGCUUUAUAGAGGGUUCAUAGAGUGCCAUAGGGGCUUUAUCGACUAGGCCUACAAAGUUGAAGCAGGUGACUUGUUAUGUCCCUGGGAAAAUUAUGUUUACAGAGAACAAGUAAUGGAAUUCUAUGGGGAAAUAAAAAAAGACCAAGUUUAAAACUGUUGUUGACAUGUCUUUGUGUGGUUUGAUGUUUAUUUAGGUAAUUACACUUCUAUCUGCAUAGGGGCCUAACUAACUGUGCAUCUUUUUCAUUCACAACUGGCUCUUGACAUGGCCAUUCAGCUCCACAACAGACCAGUGGUAGUUGGUUGCCACAAGAGAGUACAGACUGACUCACUCUAUUAUUAUUAUUAUUAUUAUGAUAGUGCACAUGUAGGCUACAGGACCACAUUGGAUUUUCGAUUCGAAUAGGUUACAUUCAAUUUCCACCCUCC